AUGGCGCCCGAAUCCGAGCAGACGAUCAAGGUCGCGUCGAAAAAGGAGAGCAAGGCGGGCACGAUUAAGCUCAAGAAGCCGCCUCCCAAGCAUAGCAAGCCGGGGAACUGGAGAGAUGGUAGCGUUGUCGAAGACGAGAAGAAAAAGAAUGGAAUCUCGCCGUCCACCUCGGCCGCUGCAUCGCCCGGCCCCGUAGUGAAUCAGCUAGACGACACCGCGCGCGAGACGUUUGCGACGGGCCGCCCGCUCGAGGACAGCCCCGACCUGCAGCAGUGCAAGCACUGCAAGAAGAGCAUCCUCAAGACGGCCGCCAAGGCGCACAUCGAGCAGUGCCUGAAGCUCAAAAAGGAAAAGGCACAACGAAAGAAGGAGGCGCGCGAGGCGCGCGAGCGUGCCAAGGAGGCGGCCAGGGAGGAAGAGGCGCGCAAGGCGGACCCGGAUAACGCUGACGGCAAGGGCGAAGACGACAGCGACGACGACGAAAAGAAGCCCGGCACGGGUGGCAAAAAGGCUGCAGGGAAGAAGCCCGAGGAGGACAAGAAAGGCAAGAAGCGCAAGGCUGAGAACGAGCCCGACAAGGGACCUAAAGCCAAGAAGAAGAAGGACGAGCCCAAGGCCAAGGUCCCCAAGCCGAAAGGUCCUGUCGACGUCGAGCGGCAAUGCGGUGUCAUUCUGCCCAAUGGCCAGCCUUGUGCUCGGUCGUUGACAUGCAAGAGUCACUCCAUGGGAGCGAAGCGCGCAGUCGCCGGUCGCUCUCUACCAUACGACAUGCUUCUCGCGGCCUACCAAAAGAAGAAUCAGGCGAAGCAGCAGAAGGCGGCGCUGGACGCGAAUGCGCCUGUGGAAGACGACGACGACGCCAACAACGGCCCCGUCGACUCGGACGAGGAGACGGCGGCGGUGAUGGGCGCACUGGCGCACUGGAAACCGCAGCCCCUCGUCCCGCAGCCGAUCUUCACCCCGAUCAAGCGCCAAUAUCAGCUCGCGAGACUGCACGAGCAGCUGCAGAUGGCCACCAACGGCGGUCGCACCAACAUCUUCCAAGUCGUGGGCUUCGGGGCACAGAAACUGGCGGACGGACACCCGGGCCUGCUCGACAGCGAGGACGCGCCCGGCGAGGUCGAGGUCAGCAACGUGCCCUUCCCCAACUCGGCGCGGUCCGCAACGUUUGGCGCCAACGCGGCAGCUCAGCGGCGCCCAUCCGUCACUAGUCGCGGCUGA